AUGGCAUCUCGUGGGUUUUCCUUCCCUCCUCCUCCGCCGCCGCCACCUCCGCAGCAGCAUCACGCGCCUGGAUUCCAGAGUUCCGCCGCGUCUUACGGACAGAACAAUACCAGCUAUGGACAGCGGGGCGGACGCCCCUCUGGCGGCUACCACAACAGGGGCCGGGGACGGGGAGGCGGAAACCGUGGUGGUCGAGGAGGGCAUUUUGGCAAUAGCGACAGCAACCAUGCGGCUUCAUACCGUGCCAACCCGUCAGUGAACUAUGGCGGAUAUCCCGCGGCUUCUACCUUCUCCUCGCCGUCGACUGUGACGGGCGCGUCGCCCUACCAGAGCUCCUCGCAAUUCCAACCACAUCAGACUCAGCCAGCCUAUCCGCCGCCGGGCCAGCAGUAUUCUCAGCCGCCUCCGCCCUUACCGCCAUACUCCCCUCAUCCUAAUUACGACGCGGGCUACGGCGCAUCGUCUGCGCAUCCUCAGGUCCCGUCAUACUCUCCUCAAUCCGCGGCUGGAUAUGCGCCUGGCAUCUCCCCGCCUCCGCCCUCUUCGUCGUCAGCGUCUCAUGCACCUCCAGGCCCUCCGAUUGUAGCGCCGCCCAUGCGCUGGGGUUACGACAAUUCCGGAGCUGGAGGAUUCUAUUCCGGUGCUCCGAACGGCUCUACACCCAAUUCUUUAUCUCAUCCUGGCUACGGGAAUGUUCAUUCCAACUCGCAUCCCGGAGGAAAUAAUUUUACGAAGCAUGGACACAAACGCGCCUAUUCAUCUGCCUUUGAAAAACCAACGACUUCCGCUCCACGGACCCCAGCACCACCUCCGGUGCCUAGUUUUGGAAAUCCGCUCCCUGCCAAGCCACCUCCGCCCGUCGACGCAACGCGGAAACAACCGAAGAAGAAGAAACGCCGAUUUAAUCAGCUUGGCCUGACCCCCAAGACCGAAGAGCAUGAGUCGAGUGAGGAGGAAGAUGAUGCGGAUGAAGAGGCUCGGUUUGUUUCCAGCAGCAGCGGUAGUGGUACCGGACCGUUGCAGUUUACUUACAAAGGGCGGACCUCGACGUUACAAACUCCGGAAGAAAUCGCCGCUUGGAUCGAGGAGCGGAAGAAGCGAUAUCCCACUAAGGCACGCAUCGAAGAGAAGAAGAAGGCUAUGGAGGAGGCUAGGAAACAGAAGGAGAUGCAAAGGGAGGAAGCCCGACGCCAGCAGAAAGAGGCCCGGGCCCAAAAGGAACGGGCGAAAUCCGAACGCAAAGAACAGCGGGACGAGAGUACCGACCCGAUCGAUGCCGCCGUCAAGGCCAAGCUCAAGGCAGAGAAACUCCGGAAGAAGCUCAUCAAGGAAGAGAAACGGGUGGCCAAGGCGGAGGCGGAUGCUGAGCGGGCUCGGCUUAAAGCUGAAGCCUUGCAACAGAGCCUGGCCGCGAAGUCAGACGAGACUGGGCCGGACGCCUCUGAGAAUCCCGGAGGCGAUUCUUCUCAAGCGGCGGAUACAGCGCUUCCCGGCAGCGAUGCGGCGCAUCCGGCCGUCAACGGUACCGACGGGGUCCAGGCGGAUGGAAAUCAGGAGACAGAUAACAACCAAAAUGGGUUAACUCAUUCACAUGCGACAGCGACUGCUGGAGCCGAACCAUCUGUGCCAUCGUCGCCAGGGGCUUCUGAUACGAGCGACGAAACGUCUUCCAGCGGGUCUGACUUGUCGUCAUCGGACAGCGACGAUGACAGUGAUGAAGACGAAGACGACGAAGACGACGACUCGGCUCCCGAAGAAAUUUCCUCCCGUCGUGAAGGGCCCGAGCGGGUUCCUGCGCCGUCGCGAGACAGCCGUCAGAAGAAAAAGGGGCUAUGCCGCCAUUUUGCCCGGAAGGGACGCUGCUCGCGCGGAGACCGGUGCCGGUUCGCGCACGAGCUGACUGAGGGUGGUGCAGGCAAGGCGCGACCGGGCGAGGCCAAGGGCCGGGGACAGACAGCAAAGAGGGGACUUUUUCAACUGCUUCUGGAGCGUGAAGCAGAAGAACGGGAUCGCCGGGUGAUGCAGGCCAUUGCCUGGCUAGGGGAGCAUGGCCUGCUGGAUGACCCGAGCAGCGAGAAGGCGUCGGACGAGGCGACGAGCAAGCCAGCUCCAGCGAUUCCGCCGGUUCACGACGAGGUCGACACGAAAGAUGCUGCCGGAGUUAAGGCGGCUGAUGAGACGGGGGCGUCAUAA